GUGCCUCGGCAAAGCAACCGAGUGAGCGCAUUGUAUCCAACCCACCGUGCGUCCAUGGAUCGUGCGACGAGAACGCCAGGUUGUGAAUUCAGAGCCGAUUCCCCAGUCGCUGUGUUGUAUUGAGAGGUAUUGCGGUUCCCAAAUCUGCGUUUUGAUCGAAAUCACGGAUUAUACUCAAGUGUUGUUUAUAUUUGGACACUUGGUCGACGUCUGCUACGGCGGUCGAGAUGUUGUUGUGCCGUAGUGUUGUUAUUGCAAUUCUCUUUGACCUCGUAUCGCUUUCAAGAGCGACAAGAACCGCGUAUGUCGAAAUUGUCGUAUGCGACAGCAACGAUGAACGAUCUAUGUACACGGAUAAGCUUCAAGGGACCUUUGCGAACAUCGGCACGCUGAGUCGUGCGAAGGGUGAUGUGUUGCAGGUAGGAUUUGUAAUCUUAGCAUGAUAGUAUAUAUGUUUAUAUGAAUGUUACCCAGCGGAACGGGGAAUAUACGAGUUUGAUAACAAAUCAGUAUGCUUGCUAAGCAGUAUAAAUAUGGUUGGGAUGUAAGCAGUAACAACAACAAUGUACACUGAUCCGCAGUUAUAACCGAAGUCAUAUAUAUAUAUAUAUAUAUAUAUAUAUAUAUAUAUAUAUAUAUAUAUAUAUAUAUAUAUAUAUAUAUAUAUAUAUAUAUAUAUAUAUAUAUAUAUAGGAUACACUAAACUUCAUGUUAUGUUUGCCCCAUAGAACUGGGAAAAUGUUUAAUAACAAAUCUUUAUGCAGUAUGAGUAUCAUAGACUCUACUGCCUGUUGGAUACGAGUAAAACCAAUAUAUUGAUUUGACGCCAUUGAAUUAUAUUUGUAUAUAUAUAAAACUUCAGGCUAAAAGCACGCAUGUAUAUUUCAGAUUCGGCAUACUCGAAUUCAUGUUACAUGCAUGUAUCCAAAUCUUUCGAAUUUCGUAAAAUUUAUUGUGGAAUGUUACUAUGUGUUAUUUAUUUGUCUUCAGAAAGCGAGUGUACUUCACAAUCAUUCACACGGUAUCUGGGCCAUCUCAAUACACAGCAGUGUUCGGUUCAGGCUAGAUUAUAUGACGUGCUGUUAUAUAUAUCAUAGCGUAAAUGUACUAUUGGCCAAGCAUUCAUUCCUUCUGUGUAUUACUGCUUUGUUUACCACCGCCAUAUAUCGCGGGAACCUGUUUUGUUGUCUUUAUAUCUGAGCCAAUGAGUGCGUCGAUCUGACCGGCUGCCACUUGAGAAAUAAUUUGAGCACCCUUGUAAAAUGACAGAUAGAAACGGGAUUUGCACUUGAGGGAAGUCGUUCGGUCAAGUGUAGGCCGUUUAUUGGCGCAAUGCAAACGACAAUAAACAUAAUUUGUAAAGUUUUUUGAGCGAGGCGCGUGUGUUGUCUACUCGUUUAGCUUAACGAGCUGUAGAUCAUGUCGGCAAAGCGUUCAAGAGAAUGCCGACAUUAUUAUUUGUCACGGGUCAGAUACAAACAUGAUUUAGAAUACAUAUUAACUGCUGUAAAUGUAGCAAUUAACUGUAAUUCAAAGCUUACUUUACCGCGUGUGUGUUGUGUAGGCUUAAUAUGUAUAGUUCAGAGGGUUUAUAUGAUAGCCCAGGGUUUAAAUACCAACGAGUCAUCGACAUGAAUAUUGAAGCAGUAUCAAAACAUGUAUCAAUUUGAGUGUAAAAAAGUAUCAAUUAUGAAAGCAAUAAUAACAAACUUUUUAAAUCUAAAGUGGGAGCAUUUAGUGAAUAGUUUUAAAACAUUUUGUGUCGUAAAAUAUUCGCAAUUGUGUUCCUAUUUAAAGCGCUUCGGGGCAAUUGUAGUGUGAACUCAAAUAUAUUUGCAUGUCAAUGUUUAAUGGGAAAUACGAUGCAGAAUCGUUGCUAAGUAGUUUUCAAAUAAUUUCAUUCCAAACUGCCAAAAUAUAAUGUUAUGAAACUGAAACAUACGUUUGUCUCAAAACAUCGGUUGCGUGUCUUUUGAGGUAGAUUUCUUUAGCCAAAAUAAACUGGUCAGUAAAGGUACCGAAAUUAAGCAAACCCAAAUUCCAAAACAUUUAAAACGCAGAUUUUUGGCAAAUCAUUUCAUGUAGCCAUUUUUAUUUUUCUAAAGUGAUGCACUUCAAACUCAGCAUCAUACAUAUAUGUAUGGCAGCAGGUUGAGAGAAAGGAUAAUCCAUAUUUCACCUAAUUAAAACUCGUUCCAAAUCCAUGUGUAACAUGUAAAAAUAUUACGGCAUAAAACAUGACAAUUAUGAGUACUUAGUGAAUAGUUUCCCAUAUUUUACAUAGCAAAUUUGUUUGUUAUUUUCUCAAACGAUUCUCGGCCGACAUGGGGGUCGGACUGAUUUACCCCGACAGGUUUUUUUCAUAAUGUCUCAAAUCAAGUAUGUGGCAGUGUUGAAAUAUAUUUAAAACGUUGAUUGAAAGGGCCAUCUACUUACUUGAAAAAUAUGAAUGACGUUUCAAAGCAAAGGCUCGUCGUCUCUGAAAAUUUGUACGGAGUAUUUGGGAUAUUUCAUACUGUACAUUUUCAUGGUUUAUUUUUGGUUCAUGAAAUGUCAGGUACACCUCAGAGAUAGACAAAAUCAUGCCAAAUAUAGUAUAGCUGACUUAAAUUUGAGCUAGUUUAGUAUAUCUUUCAAUCCACAUAUUCAGAUAUUGUCCGAAUGUCAAUUUGAUCCCUAAACGAGGUCCGAUAAAACAUCUUUGAAAACAAUUAAGCAUCGAUGUUGUAAGCAAAUAGCAACAAGGGCAGAAAAUUGUGACAUGGAGAAAAGUAUCAAAUUAAGUACAGCGCCAUAUUGGCAAUUUUUAGACCGGCUGAUUUUGGCCAUUACGCGGCGACUGCGGUUAUAAGUAUUAUUAUCCGGCUGAUAACAAGUGCUCAAUGUCUAGAUUUUCGGUUCUACAGGAAGCGAAAUUAGAAAAGUAUAGGGCAAUUUAUUGCUUGGAACUUCUGUUCGCAAUGACAAGUACUUUAGCUCUACUUAAGAGAUCUGUCUUCGCCUUUGUCUAUAUAUGACAGCGAGAGUUUCCUGUGCCGAAUAACAACACAACCGUCCCCCGCUGCGGUUAAUUCAGAACAGAGAGGCGAGCAAAAUUUUCACAAUAUUUAUGCGAUUUCAAACUGCGAAAAUUCGCUUGAAAAACAACUGUAGGCAAAGCAAAACACGGUUAGGGAUAAACAGCGAAGGUUAAGGUCUCCAACACAAGUUUAAGCUAGAUUCUGUUUUUGUAAUGCGUUCAAUAAUGCCCAAACUUCCAUCGGUGGCCCGAAACAUGCUGAAUUCAUUAGCUCGAACUGCUGAAAACAUGUGGUAUAGUUGACUAUGUUUUAUGCUAAGAAAAACACGCAGUUUUGCUAGUAAAUCCAGCUGUUUGGUAGUUUUGAAGAAACCUAAGGCAAAAACAAUACAUUUCCUUUAAAAUGUCGCCUCAACGGGGUUCAAUAAUGCGCUCAAAUAUAUGGAAUUACGUUAAUAUUGAUUCUAUCUUUGUAUUCAAUAUUCAUACAAAUGCGGCGAGACAUAUCGGUGCCAGUGAAUUGCUCCCAAUAUUUAGCACCCAAAAGGUGGCCAAGUUUAAAGCUUUCCGCUCGAGGAGUCCUAAAACCAAAACUAUAGCAAUACUCGUUGCAUGGCGGUAUUUCGCCUGUGUUUUAUUGCUUGUUUUAUAAAUCUCGCUUAGCAAAUAUCAAUAUCUCGGAGAGCGUUUAUUGUUUGACUUGCGUAUUUGUACAGCUCAAUAAUGAUGUUUAUCGCAAAGUCUCCUUUGCCAAGACCGUAGCACGAAAAAGAUGGGUUUUUAGGCCGAUAGUAUAUACACUAGUAGUACUACACAACUAGUUCGGCCUAUAAAAACUGUCGUGCGCAACCUCCUUAAUACAUGCAGUUACAACUUGAGUUGUACUGUGUUAAUCAAACACACAACUCACCUGCCGGUGACAACAUAGGCGAAUCGUGUGCUCAUUUACACAGUUGUAAGCAAGUUCGGUUGCAUGCGACAGUUUUAGGCAAAAGUUGUGUAGUGUUUAUUGGGGUUUUAGGGCAAAUACUGAUGUUGUCCUUGUACUAUAUGAACGGUGCCACUUUUCAAUUUCGACGGGAAAACUAUCUUGCGAUUCUAAAGCUUACAUUAUAAGAGUUUAAACAUCAAGCUUUAGCACUUUUGAAAUUUUUGAUGUGUAAAAAUAAUCGACCUAAAACUUCGAGUCGAAAACUCUAAAUAAGAAAAUUAGACCAAAGUAUAAUGGCACCUUAAUUUUAAGAAAACUUUGAUAGUGUAACCAGACCUAAACAGUACUAUUGUUGAACAACUAUGAAUUCAAAAAUCUGUCCUUAAUCGAUUUUUUUUCUUCACAAAAAGCAUGUAUGCGUUAAUAAAACUUAUUGAUUUAACGAAACGGAAUUCGCACUGGAUCCGAAUCUUACAAACCAUGCCGCUUGAAUUACCUUGAAAUGAAUUUUAUGAAACGAUAUGACAUGUUUAAUUUUCAAAUCUCACUAAGCUCGCUUCUGUUUGUGUUUCAUAUUAUAUCCACGAAAUUUAUUAUAUUUCCAAUAAUAUUACUGAUGCCGAAACGGUAAAAAGUGUUGCAAUUAUAUCAUUUCUCGAAUUCUAAAUGGUUUAGAAUACUCACUGUAACAAAUACAAUGUUCUAACGUAGUGGAGAACAAUUUAAACACUAAAACACUUAUGUAAUAAAAUAGAGGCAAAGUAAUACGUGCGUAAAUCGAACACCGCGUAGCCAAAACACAAGCCAAUGAAAUAUGCAAAUUAUGCCCCAUUAUUCAAUUCUGUAAUUGUUUGCUUUUUGGACAAACACAACGCGUUAUUUCAUGCCGUAUUUAAAGCAUUUGUGUGUUUGCUUUCUCUACGCUGCUAGGAGUUCAUUAAACGCUUAGUUUAUUUAACACUUCACUGACAAUUCUAUUGCCUGUACAAACAAUAGGUUAGAAUCACGGGCAGCCGAGAAUUUCAAAAAUACUGAAAGAAAUUAAACAAAUUCCAAACACGACGAAGGCGGUUAGAAUGAAUUGCAAGAAAUAUUUUUUGAGGUUGUUAUUUUUUUUCACUUUUUUCAAAGCCAUCAUUAGAAAUAGAACACGUUUCAGCAUACAUCCAUUAAAACAAGAUAUUUCAACCAUUGUGCUAUUAGUAUGACAAUCCGUCUGAUGAGGUCGAAAACCACAGUCUCAAAACAAUUUCCUUCGCGUUAUAUGUUGAAUUUCACGAUGGCAUUUGAGUUUGAAAUUUGUUUCCUUUUGCAAAGGAUAGGUUUCGCAAGUCCUGUCAAAAACGUAAAGUGAUAAGCCUCAAAAUUGCCGUAUAUUACAGUACUUGACAUUAUUUUGGGCUAAGCCGUCUAAGGUCAAGUAGGUGUUAUGCCUAUAUUUUCAAAAAGUAUCAAUAAAAUUUUCGCCACAUGAAAAUUAGUACGUCUUAGAAAAACAUAGCAUUGUUCCAUAUGGUUUUCAUUUAUGAUGUCUAAUUUUCAAAUUCAAAACAUAUUUUCUUUGGGAUUUUUUUAAUUUUCAAUACGAAGCAUACUGGGCAAGCAUAAUGAAUUCUUGAUGCGUGUUCACAGGUGGUCCGAACCAUUUGGUGCUCUAUUUUUAUCGAGAAAUGUAUUAAGGGUUAAACGGGCAUGGCCGCUCUACCCAUUGAGCUAUAUCGAGAGACAUCGGAGAUUUGAAGCAUGAUUUAUCCAAUUUAAGUGCACGAAAUAUUUUCGUCUUUCAGAACGUAAAUAGAAUUUUUUUGUCGCAUUCAGAAUGAAACAUCUAUUGUGGAAAAUGAAAGAUAAUUCAUAAUUACAAGCGAAGAAAGAAAACUCUAACAAUACAUUCCUCAAGCUCUCUUAUACGAUCGCGCAAGCCUCGAUCCCAUGCUAAUUAACAUAAAUUGCAAGGAACUUUUUUUCAAGAUGGGUUUUGUGGUUAAGUGGUUAAUAUUUGAGAGGAAAUGAAAUAUUCACGAAUUUGGGAAGAUAAAUUAGACUCUACUUUCAAUGCGAACAUAAUUGACACUUGGAAAACGUAUAUUGCUCUAAAUGCCGUUCUUACAAUCUAAGCUGUUGUUCUCAAUUUUCCAUUCAUAUGUAAAUAGCAGUGUAUUGUCAAAAGUAACAUGUUCUGUAAAUUUUGUCAGGUUGGUCUUCACAUACAUGUCCUGUUGACCACACCCAGGCCUCAAAUUUCCCUGAAAUCAAUCGACGGCGAUGGCGUUAAAAAUUGCCCUAGAACGUAACAGCUGUCUACGGCAAUUUUGUUUCCACGGCAUUUUUCAAAUUAACUGUAAUAAAAAUUUAAUUUUAUUGUUACUUUGGAUUUUUGACAAGCUAGAAACAUGUCUACGUAUUUCUUUAGUGGUUUUUUUUUCGAAGAAAACUGAGACUAAAAUAGUGAUUUACGCAUGAUUUGAUCAACAUCUGAAUUCAAGUAUCGAAGUAGUAAUGCACAGUGAAUAGUAUAAAAAUUGCACUAUAUACGGCAAAAAAUUGCCGUCGUUGCCGCAAUGAUCCACGGCAUUUUGUUCUCCCUCUACGGCAAUUGCCGCGAUAAAAUUCGAGCCCUAACCACACCCUUAACCAUAUUUUUAUUAUGUACUUACUACUGUAACAUUUGGUAUUAUUAUAUGGCUAUAAAGUAAAUAAAUAGAUACGAGAUAUAACUGUAUAAUCUACAUUUGACUCACCCAUAACUUUCCAGUAUCUUGAAUGUGAUAUAGAUUCCAAAAUGCAUAUACUGCAUUUAUUAUGAGCUUUAGAUGAUAUCAUUAAAUGCCAGGAAUAAUUUUGGCAACAUCUGGAAAAAUUAUAAUUUUGCAUCAAUACAGUUGAUUCAAAUCUAAUUGCAAAUCUAAUUCAAACCUAAUAAACUCUAAAUGUCAAAAGUGCAACGAAAAUACAGAGAGUCUCCCAGGAGUUCAGAGGGUCUCCCAGGGAGGAGGGGAGGGGGUCUGUGAUUUUUAUAAUUGAUGAGACUUUUCUUAUUUAUUGGUUUACGGAUUUGAAACCAGGUCGGUAGGUCGGAAAAAAUUUUAAAAAACACACUGAGUAUAUUUAAAAUCUAUAUUUUUAUUUUCUAAACAUUUAACUUCUACUUGGAAAAACAUGGCUAAACUCCAUAUUGAUUGUCACAACGAUAACAUGAGCCAGCAGUACUUAGAGUCAAAGUUUACUUGGCGAGUGUACUUCAUGUCAGAAACCGAAAUUAACUAAAAUUAACUACAAUCGUAAAAUUGCUGACAUCCAAACUUUUUUCUAUUUUUCACUUUCGGUGGAUCCGUAAACCAACGAAUAAACAAAGUCUCACCUUAGCAGAUGUUUCAAAUAUGUAGAUGGUAUCUACUGUCACAGGGUGCCCUGAGGGUUCAGAGGUUGGCAUCAUGUGAUCACAGACAGACAGCAAGUACCCCUGCAGCUAAAAUGAAAGCCAAACUGACAUGUGCUUAAUUUAGCAGAAUGUGGAAAUCUAUUCUUAUAUUAUUUGCACCGAUAAGAUCAGUAGCGGGCACAGUAGAGGGAGUGGUGGGGAGAGUGAGGGGGGUAACCCCCACCCCCCUCCCCAAAUUUCUUAAUCAUAGUAAAAAAGUAAAAAUGUAAAAAAGUUGUAACAAGCCAUAUACUGCAUACCAUUCAGGCAAAAAGUUAAAGAACAGAGAUUUGCAACAUCUACAGGUGGUCAUAUAGUGGCAACCUAAAUUCACUCCCCUCUGUCACUGGAUCUGGAAUCAAAAGCAGUGCUUUUCAGAACAUUUAUUUCUUCUCUAUCUUGCAAUUAGAUCCAUCCAUUUGGCCUGUGCAAUAUAUCAAAUGGUGAAGCACUCUAUGAUGAUGAGUGGGUGGGUGUGGUCAAACUGACGGUACCCUCGCGAGAAUCACCAACAUGUAACGACACAGUUCAGAAGGUAUGAAUUAAAUAUCAUGGUAGACAACUGAAUUAAGACAGAUGGUUACAAGGGCUGCUAUAUUUACAGGGGUCUCAUUACAUGCAGGUAUCCUGCAUUCCUGCAAAUACUUUUGAAAAACAGAUAGGGCCUAAAAAAAUACCUGUGGUUCCGGUUUCAUAUCAUGAAAAAAUUAGGGUUGGUAGGUCGGAAAUAAAUUUUUUUUAAAUAUUUUUUUUUAUGGUUUUGGCGGGUUUUUUGCUGGGCGAUUUUCAGUGGAGUCCCGAUAUCAAUAUUAACUAGAGAUGCAUAUUUCCUAUGGACAAAUUUAGGCAAUUUGGUUCAAUAAUUAUUGUGACAACAGACGCCAUUUUGGCAAGCUGUACGAGCAGCCCGCAACCACCCGGAGAAAAUAGGGUCAAAAAAGUCAGAAAAAAAAAAUAAUAGGGUUGGCAGAAAAAAAUAGGGUCGGUUGGGAACCGGAACCACAGGUAUUUUUUUUAGACUUAGGCUAAUUAUGCACCAGCCUGGUCUCCCUAACCAUGGUGAAUCAGGCAUUAAUAUUUGACCAACAUUCCUAAUACAAAAUUCAAUGUUCAUACCCCAAAUUAUAUUCUUGCACCCAAAAUACAAGACCACAUAUAUUAAGAAAAGAUCUUUCCAAGUCAAAUCAUUGGCCUCAAAAAACACGGUCUCAGCUCUCUUAUUAGUGACCUUAUAGAUCUGCAUGGUCUUAGUAAAAGGCAGGAUGUUGUUUUCCUGCGAUCAUGAAACUGACAUGCUGGUUCACUCCCUUGGAUGAUAGAGGGUGUGGCAAAUUAUAUUGAAGCUCUGGGGUUUCAUAAUUGAGGGAAUUUUUUCCAAGGAGUGUACAAAACUUCAGUUUCCAUAACAUAUUUAUUUUAUGCUCACAUUAACUCAUUAAGCUGCAGAGCUUCCCCAUUGACCAGCAAAAUCGUCUGGUGUUAGAAAGUAAAAAAAAUAAGUAGGGUGCACUGGGGCACAUUGCAGCUCAGUGGGUUAACUAGAGACAUUGUCAGAUUUUUUCAUUAAUCCAUUAAGCUGCAGAGCUUCCCCACUGACGAGUAAAAUCGUCUGGCGUUAGACAAGUGAAAAAAAAAUAAGUAGACCGUAAAAAAUAAGUAGGGCGCAUUGUGGCUCAAUGGGUUAAACAAUUGAUGAAGUUGCAUUGCACCCUAAUAAUGCACUGUGUUUUAUUAUUUUACUCUGCCUAAUGCCUUGUUCCUUCAUUGUAUAGGCACUAGGUGCUGUGAAGAAGGGUGCAAAAGCGGUUAUAUUUGAUGUGACAGACAGUCCGGGAGCUGCCAAUGAGGUACGUAUUAGGUUGGACACUAUUAAUACGUGUGAGUUUCACUAAGCAUUAGAGAGGUUAAUUAAGAUUGACGUUUACGGCAGACUGGUAACUGCAAAUGGCAAACUUCAAUUUGCAUUUGAAGGUAAGUUCUACAAGUUUCCAAAGGUUUCGACAGGUUUUUAGUCAAUUCAUUCUUCAAUUUAGAUGCACAAAAUUAUCCUAACUUCGAACAACUAACAGUUGAUCUCAAAAUACAAUUUGAAGUUUGCGGUUACCGGUCUACCAUCUAUUAUCAUAUAGCAGAUGCAGUUAUCAGAGCAACAAAAUAAUUAUUUUCAUUAUAUGUGGUAGUCGGUAUUUGGUGGCAAAUGAAAAGAAUUAAGAAACUUUUCGUUCAAUUUUCUUGCUCCUAAAAUUGACCACCAACUGCUACCCUGUUAAAACUUGUUAAUUGAUUCCACUAAUAUAUCCUAUCAGUUUCCAUUCACAUAUUAGUGUGAGUUAUCUCACAGUUAUAAUUAGAUAACACUGUAUAACAUUAUUUAAUUAGUUGUAAGGGGGAUGUACCAUGCCUGUCAACAACUUAUAAAAAGAAUUAUGGUAUGGGUUGGUCAAUGUGUCCUGAAGAGGCAGAUCAAUAUUUGUUUAUGUACUCAGAGUCGAUGAGUACUUCUUUAUAGAUCAGUUUUUGUGAGAUAUAGACAAUUGGCAUGUAAAGUUAGAAAGUAAUACAAUGAUGAACAGAAUAAAAACAUAUUUUCAUGUUUUACUUUAUCUUGCUCAGGAGUUGAUUGAAUGAAGCUCAGUUCCCAGCAGAUAAGCUUAAUUUAUUAUUAAAUAAGUCUCAUUUCUUUUGACACAUGUUCUGAAUCAGGGUAUGCCCUCAAAAGCAUCUAUAAUGGUAAUACAUAUUAUCAAGGGGCCAAAAUUUCGACACUUCCCUAGAGGAAUAAGUCACGUAAAAUCAUACACUCCAAAAUCCAAGUUACUGUGACAUCAGAGGUGUUGAAUUUUUUGAAUGUUCAUUUCACAAUUUAUUAUAAUUGUUUAUUUAGUUAAACGCCCAGAAAUCGCUGAUACAACAGCCGGUUAUCAUUAUCAGUGGAAAACAUGCUAGAAAAUUGAUGAGCAUUAUCAGAAAGUAAGCCCAGUUUCUCUCACUAUAAAUACAGAAUUUGUUUUUUGACAAUAAGAUCACUGUUUCAUAUCCUAUGUCAUUAUCCUCGGCUAGUGAACUGUUUGUUCAAAUAUACAUUCAAUAUUAUUGAAGUUUAAAACUUCAAACUAGUGUCUUAUUUUUUUGAAUUGUUUCUGUAUUACUUCCAGGCAAAACGUCUUAAAAGCUCGAAUUUCAUGGAAGCCAUACAUGGAACAGACCACGGUUAGUUGCAUCAAUAAGAUAUUUUUCACUAAAAUGUACAAUUUUUGUACUCAAAUAUAAAACACUUUCAGUCAGUGUCUUUCACUUUUGACUUUUCAAUCUUUCUCGCAAAAAAUAGCAGGUUUUUCCACAAAUAGUACAAAAACAAUCCCGAAUAAAUGUUCAUAAGCAUACUUACUAUAUAAUACUAGUAUAUUGUUUCACCAAAUCACAUAAAAUAGUCAAAUAGUUUUGAACGAAAACUUGAAACUUUGAAUGAUUUUUGAAAUCCAGGAGAGCAGUCCGCCAUUUUGUUUUUAACGGCGCCAGAAUACGAACAAACGGUUACAAUGAACAGCGGUAUGUCCUUGUGGCACGUGACCAGCACGUGACUCAGUCAUAAUUCACGUGACUAAGGAGAAAUUAAGCAGGCAGGAAAUAGACCCUUCCGGAAACUAAAUUUCCCCCUAAAUUUUAAAAUAAUCCUAGAUUUAACUAUUAAUAUUAUUCUGUCCUAUAUAUCAACCUAUUUUACAAAAUAUUUUUCACUCUUUAGGACAGUUCUGGUGAAUACGUGGAUAUGGUUAUCUUUAUGACGUGUUUUAUUCUAAUUACCAUCACGUGUUUUAUACUUCUUCUCAAGGUAUGUAUAUAUUAUUAUUACAUUAUACAGAGUGUAUAAAAAAAAAACGCAACCUCGGAAUUUCCCGAGAAAUCUUCAAUUCCCAGGGGCCUAAAAUCUUUUAUGCUUAAGAAUUGCAAAGUGAUUUCUUAGGAAAUUCCGAGGUUGCGUUUUUUUUUUAUACACCCUGUAUAUGUUUUCACCUUUUAAUCAGUCAUACUCUUUCCACGCAAAAAUAGUCCGAAUAUAUUUAACUCAUUAAGUUGCAUUGUGCACUGAUGCGCCCUAUUUUAUGUCUUUAUUAUUUUACUCUGUCUAGCACUGGGGCUCAGUGAGUUAAGUUAUAUAUAUUUAUCAUAGAUAUCUUAUAUAAGAUGUCUAUGAUAUUUAUUCAUUGUCUUUAUUUUAACUAGAUCAAAUGGAAACAAACCAAAAAAGAGGUACGGUAAAAACUCAUUGUUACCCAAAUAAGCAAUUAGCCUUUCUCACGCCCGCCAUUUUUGGGGUACUGCCUUUUCCAAUCUCAAAUUCAUUAAUAAUUCACGAGCAAUUCAGCCAAUGAUGAUCACCUAUUUGAUCACAAGAUACCAUUUGGAUAACCCGGUGAAACUUGAUGAAAGACUGAUAGUCACCAGUGUUUUCAUCAAAUAUCUUGAUUACGCAUGCAAAAUUACUUGAAUAAAAUUCCUAAUUACGUUAUGCUUGGUUAAGAAUUCUUUUCAAAUCAGCAAACGAAAACAUUCUGUUACGUCUCGAUUCAUUUGAGAAGCCAUAUAAACAACUCGAGCUCGUGUCUCACCGGGAUAUCCAAACACUCGAAAACAAUGUAUGAAAACACUCGCGCUUCGUGCUCGUGUUUUCAUACAUUGUUUUCUCGUGUUUGGAUAUCCCGGUGAAACACGAGCUCGAGUUGUUCAUAUAUUACUUCAAACAAAUUACUUAUAACUAUAAUUGUGAGUAUAAUCAUUAUAAGUUAAUUGACAGUUAAAUAUUGGAAAAAAAUGUUUUCACAUCGCUUAAAUUUUUCACAUCGUUUUCAAAAAAGUACCCCAAAAAUGGCGAAUUCUUCUAAGGCUAAUUAAUUAAUGUAUAUUGAUGCCAGUUGCCAACCAAUUCACAUUUUCAGAUAGUAUAAACUCACAGUUAUACUGUAUGUCUAGUCAGUACCACUGUUCUGAUAAUGUAAGCAUACAGAAUGGAAUUAUAACAAAGGUGACCAAACAAUUAAAUUAUAUAUGUGAGUGAAUUCGCGAUUCCCCUUAUUACGUUUUGCAUUGUGGUUAUAGUGGGAUCACUGAUCAUAAAGAUAGCGGCCUCGAAUGAAAAUAUUGAAUGUUCUCGCGAAUAUUUUGCUGUUGGCUGUCGUGCACCUGACCCUAGGCUUUUUUAAAAGUUCUUGCACGGGUCGCGACAAAAAAUAAGCCAUCUUGAAUACCAGUGAUACCACUAUAACCACAAUGCAAAGCGCUACGAAAACGUAAUAAGGGGAAUCAUCUAUUGGGUGGCGACUGGCGGCAAACAUACGUGUUAGUUGGAUGGUUGGAUACGAUAGGUUUAUUCGUACCAUAAGUACAAAAAAAUUGCCAACCUUUUUAAAUCAUAGCGAGGGAAUAAUGCUUCAAUCUGUAACAAUAUCAGGCUUAUUAGUCAGAUGUUUUCUAGUUUUUAAUCUAAUAUUGCAUUUUAGUCUUCUUUGGCAAAAAUGGCUUUUGACGCGGUCUCGAAAAUGGAAUCAAAGAAAUACGAAGAAAAACGAGAAGUUGAGACGGUAAAAACGAUGAAAGAAAAACAUCGGGAGCGAACGUUGAGUACUCAUUCGUGUUCAGCUAUCGGCAUCUCUUGUGUUAUAUGCCUGGAGGAAUUCCGAGAAGGACAGGUAAGGAUUUUCAUUUAUAUAAAUUAAUGUUCCUCAGAUGUCCAGUAAUAGUUAUCUAGCGUGCAACCCAGAUGAAGGAAUACCUAAGAGCGGUUUCAAAUUUAACCGACAAUGGGAAUUUGAUUUUCCCAGACCAGGUGUGUCAAAUAAAAAAAUGUGUGCGGUAGAUCAUGCGUCUUUACCAACAACAAACGUUAUGGUCAAAUACGUUGAUUGCGAGCGCCAUAAACAUGAAUCGCAAUGCUUUGUAUAUUCAUAUUGUGAGCCCAUUUCAUCCUAGCCUACUAAUGUCGUCAAGUAUACAAUGACCCAUCUUGCUCCCGUUUACCAUCUAAACUACCAUUGUUUAUCCAGGAAAUUCGUGUAGUAUCGUGCGGUCAUGAAUUCCAUCUGAAAUGUGUUGAUCCUUGGUUGUUGACAAAUUAUACAUGUCCACUGUGUAUGUUAAAUAUUGUUGGUGAGUAGAGAACUGAUUUCGUUGCUAGGUAGAUUAAGCUCCAUAAAGUCUCUGACCAGCUCUCCUUCAUCUCUUUCUAUUACGUGUCCAUACCAUCUUAGCCUUGCUUCCCUCACCUUCUCUGCUAUGUCUACCACCCCACAUCUUCUGAUCUCUUCAUUCCAUAAUGUCUCUGACCAAUUCUCCUUCAUCUCUUUUUAUUACAUGUCCAUACCAUCUCAGCCUUGCUUCCCUCACCUUCUCUGCAAAGCCUACCAUUCCACAUCUUCUGAUCUCUUCAUUCCAUAAUGUCUCUGACAAACUCUCCUUCAUCUCUUAUUACAUGUCCACACCAUCUUAACCUUGCUUCCCUCACCUUCUCUGCUAUAUCUACCAUUCCACAUCUUCUGAUCUCUUCAUUCCAUAAUGUCUCUGACAAACUCUCCUUCAUCUCUUUUUAUUACAUGUCCAUACCAUCUCAGCCUUGCUUCCCUCACUUCUCUGCAAAGCCUACCAUUCCACAUCUUCUGAUCUCUUCAUUCCAUAAUGUCUCUCACAAACUCUCCUUCAUCUCUUUUUAUUACGUGUCCAUACCAUCUCAGCCUUGCUUCCCUCACCCUCUAUGCAAAGCCUACCACCCCACAAAUCUUCUGAUCUCUUCAUUCCAUAAUGUUUCCGACCAACUCUCCUUCAUCUCUUCUUAUUACGUGUCCAACCAUAUCAACCUUCCUUCCCUCGCCUUCUCUGCAAUAUCUACCACCCCACAUCUUUUAGUAAUGAUGAUAUUUCAUUUUCAGAACGAGAAGGCAAUGGCAUCAAGACAGAGAGUCGAUGUUCACCAUCGUUCCGAUCAGUAUUCAGAUGUUGUUUCGCGUCCAGUCCUCUCUCGUCAUCAAGCAUGGUGUACAGUAUUACACUGGAAGACUCACAUAGUGACAGUCUAUCGCUGGCAACGAAUGACUUGAUCGAAACGACUACGACUGAUAAUUUAUGGACAGAACACUUGACAGAACAUUUGCCCGAGGCCACUGAACCAUGCUUGCAAACGGGCGAAAUAAGUAACUCGUACUCGAGCCCGAUUCCAGGGCGGGCUAUUUCAAUUUCAUUCCCAAUUAAAAAUACAGACAUUUUACAAAAUUCACUCGAUAGAGGUCCCAAUGAAUUAAAUGUGCAGGAAAAUGAGAGAUGGAAAGAGAAUAGGACCAGAUCGGUACAGAUUUCAGAUCUGGGUAUGAGAAAAUGUAAGUUGAAUUAUACCUGAAACUAACUUUAUUUAUACUUGGUGGCUCCAUCAGUUCUGAACUGUUUCCCUUAGAGAUCCAGUAAGAGGCAUUCCUAACUGGUCCAGUGUUACUGCAGGAGGAAAUCUGGAUCAAACUGAUUAAACUUUAUUUAAAUUGAAUGGCCCUAUCAGUUUUAAACCGUCCAGUGUGUCCAUGCAGCAAAGGACAUCUCUUAUUAGACAUUAGUCUCAGGGCCGCCCAGAGGUUGGCGGGGGCCCGGGGCAAAUUUUUUUUAGGGGCCCCUAUCUUAAAAAAUUUUCCCGGAAAAAUUUUUUUCCGGAGAACAACCCCCCCACCCGUCGCCAAAAAAUUUUCGGUCAGUGUACCAUUUUAGGGGUAAAAUUUUUUUUCCGGAGUACAAAAUUUUUCCGGACCAGUACGUUGCAAUUGCUUUCGAGGGACUUUCUCUCAUUUUUUUAUGCCAAAAUUCGGUACUUAGCCCAAGAAAACAGAUAUCUUGUCCUUUGCGCGGAAAUAUUUAACAAACAAAAAAGGCUGGGGCCCAACAAAAAAUUUUCAGGGGCCCCCAGCAACUCGGGGCCCGGGGCAAUUUGCCCCCCCCCUCUGGGCGGCCCUGAUUAGUCUUGAGGUGUUUGGUAGAGGAGGCAAGCUACACAUGUGAAAACGCACACAUUGUAACAAACCUGCAGCAGACUUGUAGCAAUGCUGUUCCAACAACUUGUCAACAGGAUGUGUUCGCACUGCUAGUUCCCAGUUUGUUUAAUAGCUGUCAACGGCUUGUUGACAACUUACUACAAAGUUGUUGAGCUCAACAGACUUGUUAGAAGUUGUUCCAACAACUUGUUAUCGUCCUGCGAUUCAACAAUUUGUCGACAAGUUGUGAGUGACAAGCUUGUAGCAACUUGAUAAAAUAACAGCAUUAUUACAAUUUGUUGAUAACUUCCCACACGCCUGUUGCGAACACAUCUUGUUGACAAGUUGUGAUAGUUUUAUGUGUGCAGCUGGGAGACUAAGCGCGCUGUAUGACAGUUUCUUAUCAGUUGUGUUUUCUUGUUGUAGAUACAGACCUUGGAGAUGCAGUGUGAUAAUUCAUGUUCUGCUUGGGGAGUGACCAGUUCAAGCGUGACAACUCUACGGGAUUGUUCGCGCCUAAGACAUAACUACAAGAAAAUAUCUACCAGAACCGUCGAUCGGAGUCUGGUCGGAAAUUGAAGAUCUCUAGCGUACAAGAGAGCAGAAAAAUAAAGCAACUUCUGUUUGAAUUGCCAAAUGUUAUUGGGUGGACGGCUACCGCCGCCAAAGGCACUACCACAGAAAGAAGACUGCUAAAAUACUGACUGUUCAUGUGUCAGUGUUUCUUGCGCCUCAAUUGCACUGAAUGAACUAAGAGAUAAAAGAUUUGUGUACAAAUGUAUUAGGGAUUUUUCGUAUCGAAAUUGUAAAUAGUAAAUAAGAAUAAAAC